UUUACAGUGAGAAAGAGCAACCUCACCUCUAGUUGGAUUUCAAAACCGCUCCUCUCUCUCUCUCUCUCUCUCUCUCUCUCUUACGCUCUUCGUUCUUUGCCUCUAUUUUUGUUUUCACAUAUAAUAUAAAAAAGAUAAAUCGUCAGCAACAUCUAUAGUUUCAAUCUUACGGAUCUUGUUGCUGGAUUGUGUGUGGAUCCUCGGAUCGUGAUCCUCUACUCCAUCCCUAUUCUGGGUUGUCCCUUUCUUCUUCUUCUUCUUUCUGGGGGCAAGAUCUCUGUUCUCUGCACUGCACACUCUUCGAGUCAUUGCUUGUUCAAUGGUAUUCAGUACCCACCUUUUGAUGGCGUUUUGACUACCCUUUUACCAGGUCUACUAUUUUGUCAUCUCACUCCUGUCUUUCUUCUUCAAGUGGCUUAAGUGUGAAUGAUGGAUCCAAUUAACGUGUCACCUGCUGAAUGGCUUGAAGUGGUCCACCAAAAUGGUGUUCAUGAUGAACCUUCUAAUUCUGGAGAGGUUCGUGUUGUUUCAAAUGAUUUAGACCCUGGUGUUACUGAAACUACAGAAUCUGUAGCUCCAAGUGGAAAUUCUGAUAAUUUCAACCGGUCAGAUAGCGUUGCAACUGAUAACACAUCUGUGGCGGAAAUCAAAGGAUCAAACGACAACAUGGAUGGAAACAAUAUGACCAUUUCUAAGGACGAGGAAGGGAAAAUAACUGAUCAAACAGGGAAAUUGAGAGCACAAACAGUUCCUGUCAAGAAUAAGAAUGCAAAGGCUCCAAGUUCCACUGGUGUUCGUGCAAGUUUGAUGAAAAGGAGCAAAAAUGGGAAAGAUAAAGAGGCAUUAUCUGCUGUUUCAAAUGGUACUAAAGCUUUAGACUCUCAUCCAAAGCAGUCUAUUAAAAGCAGAUCAUUAAGUGAACGGCAGACUCAAUUGUCCAAGCACCCUUCAAAGUCUGAUGCAGCAUCUUCUGAAGUACCAAUGCAGAAUACAAAACCAAAAUCAUUGAAAAAAGGUCCCCUUGAUAAAGUCCAAGGAGAAGCAGAAUCUUCAUUAAGUACCAAUGCAGAAGAUGCCAAAUCUCGCAGGGUGGGGACACUUCCAAAUUACGGAUUCAGUUUCAGAUGCGGUGAUCGAGCUGAGAGAAGAAAAGAGUUCUACACUAAGCUUGAGGAAAAGAUUCAUGCAAAGGAGGUGGAGAAAAGUAACAUGCAAGCAAAAACCAUGGAGAGCCAAGAAGCUGAGAUUAAAAUGCUGAGGAAGAGUCUAACAUUUAAAGCAACUCCAAUGCCAACUUUUUACCAGGAGCCUCCUCCUCCUAAGGUGGAGCUGAAGAAGAUACCAACUACAAGAGCAAAAUCUCCCAAGCUUGGUCGUAAGAAGAGUUCAACAAAUUCAGAGUCAGAUGGAAACACUAGCAGCAGUUCUCGACAAGGUCGAUUAAGUCUGGAUGAGAAAGUGUCAGAGAGUAAACCCACUAAAGGAAUUACUGCUGUCCAUCAAAAGAAGCCACAACGAAGAUCUCUUCCUAUUCGACUGGCUAGUGAAAGGGUCAGUUCAUCCAAUUCAACAACUGCACCUAAAUCAUCUAAGGCAAUCAAUGAUAAAAAGACUUCCUUAUCUAGUGCAACAAAAAAAGAUACCAUCUUAUCCAAUGUUACAGUGGAAGAGAGAAUUGAGAUAACUGCAGCCAAUGAAGAGAACAGUACCUUGUCCAGUGAGACAAGUAAUGCUUUGCCUCUGAAUGUGGUUCCUUCAGAUAAGCCAAGUGAAGUAGAGUCUCGUGUGAAUGGUGAUAUAGUAGUUGAAGAGAAUCCUCAGCUUGCCUUGGCACAAGAACCCAUUGCGGCAGAGGAUUAAGCAAACAGUAGGUUACUUUUGGAGAAUUUGAUUCCUCUGGUGAAUAUUAUAGAAGCAUAUGACUCAGAUUAUUUGACAAUGAAGGCUUGCAGAUUUUGCAUUAUUGGUUUUGUGUUGUCAUCUUUUCCAAGCAGCAAUGUUUUCUUUUAUGUGUUUAUUCCCAAGCUUGCUGUUUUGGCCCUCGUUCAUUCUCUUUCCUGCUUGCAACAAUUUGCCAGGUUAUUCUAGUUGAUGGUAUUUUGGUAUGCAGAACUUGUCUAUUUAGUGAAUAUUUUGAGGAAAAUUUUGAGAAAGUUUGCCAUGUGAUGGUUCAAGUUAUUUGCUUUGUGUUCAGGCCUUGCUUUGUUAAACAAUUUGACAUUGUCGCAUGUACAAGCUGUUUGGUUUGUGGAGAAACACCCUUGUAGCUAAAUCAUAUGGAUCAAAUUCUGCUGUUUGUCCUACAUCUUUGAUUUUUUAUGGAUUAAAUUCUUUUGUCACUAUAAGAAU